UCCCGGUACCGCCCCAGCCCCCGGCGCGGUACCACAACUCGAUCGCUUCCUUUCGGACCCCGGGAGGGAUCACGUAACGCUCUCCGCGGUCCCUUGGAGCGGCUACCGGCGCAGCCCCGCCCGCGCCCGGCCGAGACUCACCCGUCCAUUGCACACGGAGGAGACCCGCAGGGAACGGAGUGGAGACGCCGGAAUAACAGGAACGAGCCCGACCGCUCCGUGUUAUAGACUCACAAAAUGGCGGCGCCACCCGGCCCGCCUCACCCGCGCCAGCAUCCCAUUGGCUACUGGAGAUGUCAUCUUGAUGGACGGGGCGGGGAUUGCCCUCCUCCGGAGGUUGGCGCCCUGGCGCUUCUCGAUGCGCCUAUUGGCUGCGAACGGGGCGAGGGGCGGUUCUCAGCCCCAGUGUGUGGCGCCAUUGGAUAGGCUCCGGGACACGGCUGGGAGGAGCCAUCUUGAGAGCGGGAAGGAUGCCGAAAUGCCACACGCGUUCGCCAUCUUGAUUGGGGGCAGGGCAUGAAAUAACCUCAUCGGGAGCCAUCUUGAGUACGGGCAAGAGCGCCAACGUGCACAUUGUGUUGUCAUCUGCGGCGCGGCUCGGCGCCUUGCAGCCUCUUGCGUGGGGAGCGGCUGCCGCCAUCUUGGCUACGGGCAGGGAAGCUGUGCGCUGCUGUCAGCCGCCAUCUCGAGCUACCCUGUCCUCUAGGUGCUAGUGAGGUCCUUGUCUUCCCUCCCUAGAUUGCAGUGCUCCGUGAGAGGCUUCCUGAAGCCACUUGAGAGACCCAGGAGGAGGUCCUGAGAGAAAAAGAAAGGAUAUUCUACUGAAUUCCACACGAAAGAUCACCCAGUGAGAUAAGAAACGCCAGCAUGUUUGAGAGCAUCACUGAUGAAGGCUGCAGCAAUGUCAGCUCGCUUUGCAAGGAUCUCUCCAACCUUGUGACCUGGGCACACACACAUGGGACUAUAUGCAUUCAUAUCCCAACCUUGGAAACUGUGCAGAACGUGGGUCAGCCUAGCAAGGAGAAUUCUGUUCUGUGGAUUUGUGGAGCUGGACACGCCUAUCACUGGACGUGUGAAGAUUUACACUUUGGAAGCAAAGAAGGGAACGAGGCUGCAGAAAGGAGGAAGAGGCAAACAUCCUUUGGGCCUCCGUCACGAGGUGCUGCUAUAGGUGAAAAGAGGAUCAGGAUGGCCUCCUCUUUUGAAAGGGCUAGAAGAGACAGUGCUGCCACAGGAUCACAUGGCACACCUGCAGGGGGACCUCAGCAAAAAGACACUGUCUGCAAAAUACGUAACGAACCACCAGCCAGGCCAAACCAAAGAAACUGCAAAUCCAUGCAACCUGGCUCUGCAGCAGAGCAGCAUUUGUCAAUAUCCAUAAGUGAAAUCAGAACAGACCUCCAUGAGAUGAAGAUAGAAUACAAUGAAGAUCUACACAUCAUCUCUGAUGAUGAACAGUACGUACUGAAUGCAGAAAACCAAGAAGAGAGGGUCAACCAGAAUAUUCUUUCACAGUCACCACCUGAAGAUGUAACUGCUGAGGUAGGUUUGCAGAUGUAUCGUGAUCAGAAGACAGAAAUUAACAAGCAGGCAGUCACCUCUACGUCUGGCUUCACCCCCAUGACGUCGCCUCCCCCAACUCUCUGCUGUAUUCUAAAAUCUCCUGGGAGGGAUCGGAAGAUCCUGGAAAGCAGCUUCUUGAGUCUGGGUCCCCUUAGUCCCACAGUGUUUGUAAGCGAAAAUUCAAGAGCGAGGGAUUCUGCUGGGUCAGCAACACCAAAAGAAGAUUUAGAAUUGAUUCCUAUCUCCAACACCGAAGCAAAAGCCCAGCCAGAGCCACCUGCCCCUGUGAUGUUCUUUGAGCUUGAAGCCACAGUAGAUGUUCAGCAGCAAAUCCACCUGAGCUCUACUGAAUGCAGUGUCUCAGGAACCUUGGACUUGAAUGGGAAUGCCACCGAGGGCCCUGCAGAGGAGAGCAGGCUGUCAGGGUCUGAGCAGGCACCUCGUCCUUCAGCCUCGCUGAGCCCACAAAGCAGGAAUGCCAACCAACCUCCCGAAUCUUCAAAAACCAAUGUGCUGAGCAAGAGAAACCGCAAUGCUGCCAACAUCAAAAUUUUCAGAGAGUGGUUGGAUGUGCGCUGCCCUUCUGAGACACGUGAGAUCCAUAAGCUGCCACCCAAAGACCUCGAUAAUUACCUGGCCUUGUUCUACACGUCUGCAAAGAAGCAGAACGGCACGGAUUUCUCCACUGGGUCUUUGCAGUUCUUUCAGAACAGCAUAGACAAGUACCUCAAGGAGCACGGUUAUGAGUACAGCGUGGUGAAAGGAUUUGAAUUCAGAGCAUCUCAGGAAGCCUUGAAACAGAAGCAUCAGCUUCUAUCUCAAAGAGAGAGAGAGGAAAAGUGGGCUCUUUUGGAGAACCUGACAGAUGAGAACGUGGAUAACCUCCGUAAGAAGGGGCUGUUAAGUCAGACCAACCCACAGGGCUUUCUGCACCUGAUGUUUGUAAAUAUCAUUAGGGGGUUUGGGGCGAGCACACACAGCCGGGGCCAGAAUCUGUACUGGGGACAGCUGGUGCUCAGAAGGGACGUGGCAGGGCUGGAGUACCUGGAGUGGAAGCACGACCUCAAUGCAGAGGAAGCUGCAGGGCAAUCGGUUCCACAUCUCUUUGCCAGACCCAACAACCCCGAAAAAUGCCCAGUCCAAGAUUAUAAGAAGUAUGCAGAGAGGAGGCCGGGGGACAUGCUGCACGAUUACGACCCGCUGUAUCUCUCCCCCAGACACAUGUACUCCAUGUGGGACCAGGUGUGGUACAGCAGGAAAUCACUGACCAAGGCCAAAAUGGGGAAGAUGCUGAAAGUCAUUCUCCAGCAAGUCAAAGCGUCUGAAAAGAAGCUCAGGAAAUAA